AGCAAAGGUUGUUGGCAAAUUAAGAAAAAGCAGAAGCAACCAAACAACUGUCCGUUACGGUGGCUUGGAACACAUGAUUUUGCCUAUUCAAAAAGGUAACGCUAUUAUCAACACAGCACACCACAUGAGUAGCUAGUAACCUCCUUCACCUUCAUUCAAAAAGUUAAAGGUACCACCACAGUGAGUAGUGUAGUGGGUCAUGAGGUAGUAAAAACUCACAUUCAAUGGAAUGAAUGGAGUGAAUAGAGAGAGAGAGAGAGAGAGAGAAACACCACACACACACACACACACACACACUCUUCACACCACACCACUCAGUCAUAGAUCUCCAUUCUCUGUUGUCAAAGUUAAAAAGCCAAUCCAUUCAUUCAUUCCCAUUUCUUUAACAUCUUCCAUGAAUUCAAGCUUUGUCUCUCACUGAACCAGACAAAUCUUCUCAUUCUCAUCACCCCAUCCUCUCCCUGUUACAUCUCUUUCUGCCAGCUCUUCCUGCUAACAACAUGUCAUUGCAACCCACCUCCUUUUUCUGGUCCCGGAGUACUAAAAACCCCUGCUUUUUUCAUCCCUUCCAUUGAAACCAAUUCUUCAGCUACACCCAUUUCUUCUUACUUCUUCUGCUUUCUGUUUUCUUCAUCCUUUGCCUCUGCAGUCAUCCUGAAAGAUGAGGAAGAAUGGAUGGCAGCUACCUUACCAUCCACUUCAGGUGGUGGCCAUUGCUGUAUUUCUGGCUCUAGGGUUUGCCUUCUAUGUGUUCUUUGCUCCUUUUGUUGGGAAGAAGGUGUAUCAGUACAUUGCUAUGGGCCUCUACACACCCCUGAUUACCUGUGUCUUUGGACUGUACAUUUGGUGUGCAGCAGCUGAUCCAGCAGAUUCAGGGGUUUUUAAGUCCAAAAAGUACCUUAAAAUUCCGGAUAGCAAAAAGCUGGGUGGGCUGAAGGAUUCUAAACUUGGAGCGGAUUCGACUUCAUCAAUGCAUGAUGGAAAUGCUUCAACAGUUGGACCAAAAUCUGUGGAUAAGGAAGCAUUGGGAACAGAAGCAAGUUUUAAAGAUGUUGCUAUUUCAAUAGAGAAGAAAAGUGCAUCAUCACCUUUACUAUUAGUUUGCUCUCCUUGCGCUUAUAUCUGCUCCUGCUCUAGUUCAAGUGAAGAAUCUUCUGAUAAACAAACAAGUGAAGAUGGCAUGUUCUAUUGCAGUUUGUGUGAAGUUGAGGUAUUCAAGUACAGCAAGCACUGUAGAGUUUGUGACAAGUGUGUUGAUCGCUUUGAUCAUCACUGCAGGUGGCUUAACAACUGUAUUGGAAAAAAGAACUACCGACAGUUUUUCACCCUCAUGGUUGCUGCUCUCCUCUUGCUUAUUCUUCAAUGGUUGACUGGAAUACUUGUGCUCAUCUGCUGUUUUAUUAAGAGGAAGCAAUUUUCGGUGGAUGUUUCGUCCAAGUUGGGAAGCAGUUUCACACUGGCACCCUUUGUUAUUGUGGUGGCAGUCUGCACCAUUUUAGCUAUGCUUGCUACCUUACCUCUUGCUCAACUUUUCUUCUUUCAUAUUCUUCUCAUAAAAAAGGGAAUCACCACAUACGAUUACAUCAUAGCUUUGAGGGAGCAGGAACAGGAGCAGCAAGGAGUUGGAGGUCAGCAGAGUCCCCAAAUGUCGCCUGUUAGCUCACUUACUGGAUUGAGUAGUGCAAGCUCCUUUACUACUUUCCGCCGCGGUGCAUGGUGUACACCACCACGUCUGUUCCUUGAAGAUCAGUUUGAUGUAGUGCCCCCAGAAACAGCAUCUGUAAGUUCACUUGGAAAGAAGUCUAUCAGAGAAGAACCAGUUAAGAAAAAGAAUCCUGCAGCAGUCAAAAUUAGUCCAUGGGCAUUGGCACGGUUAAAUGCAGAAGAAGUUUCCAAGGCUGCUGCAGAAGCAAGGAAAAAGUCGAAGAUUCUGCAGCCUGUGGUAAGACAGAAUGAGCCUUUCAGGCUAGAAGCAGAUCACAACUCCGGCAGCAGUGGGCGUCGAAUGGCCCCCAGGAUUGAUAACAGAAGGCGGCCAGGUAAACGGGCUCGCAUGCCAGCUGACUUACCUACGGAGGCCCUGACAAGGUUUUCUGCCAGUAAUAUGAAUAAAGGCUUCAGUGGAACAUCUAGUUUAGCAUCUCUCCAGCUUGAAACACAGGGUGGAUUUCAAACAAGUCAAGCAGUGUCAAGCUCAGCUGGGAUUGUUGCUUCUUCUCCUGAAAGCAGUUUAGACUCGCCUGAUAUUCACCCAUUUCGCGUGUCUUCAACCGUAGCUGAAGAAGCAAGACGGCUUGGAGGUCUUUCUGCUGCUGCUGGUGCUGCAACACUGAAGGAAUUCCCACUGUCAAGGUCAACAAGUGAUGGGUAUGAGGCCUCUGGUGGGGAAGAUAGUGACCAGGUUCCCACAAGGAUUGUUCAGAGAUCAACAAAUUGGUCUAAUCUUCUUUUCAGUGCUGAUCAGGAUGACAGAACUUAUGAGCCAAACUCAUCAUCUAGCCUGGCUCAGCAUAGAAAGUGGUGACUGAUUUGGGUGUGAAUUAGACAACCAGCUAUGAGAUUAUUUGAUGGGAAUUGUUCAUUCUUUGAGAUUUGAACCCAAAGGUAAUUCAACAUCCCCUUAACCCUUACCUUCCUGAGGUUGAAGUUGAUGGUCCUCAAAAGUUUUGGAGGCAGGUUCAGUGGGAAACCAUGUACAAAAGUUUUAGGUCACAGUAACUGAUGAUGAGCCUGACCUUCCUAUAUUGUUUUGUGCAUCUUUUCCUAAUGAAAUUUUAAUCAAGUCUUUAUGGAUCA